GAUACAGAGGAUCUCCUUCGCCAUUACUUUAGCCUGGACAUAGAUCUUGCCUCUCUGUAUCAACAGUGGUCGAAAGAUGAUCCAAAUUUUCGCAAAAAGGCACCCAAAUUUACAGGAGUUCGCAUUCUGAACCAGGACGCAUGGGAGGCACUGAUAUGCUUCAUAUGCAGCAGCAACAAUAACAUCUCUCGAAUCUCCCAAAUGGUACAUAAGCUUUGCAAGCAUUAUGGCCCCUUUAUUGGUCAUGUAGAUGGGGAAGCCAUGCAUGACUUUCCUACUCCAGAGUCUCUAAAUCAAAAGAAAGUCGAGGCUCAUUUAAGAGAACUCGGCUUUGGGUACCGUGCCAAGUAUAUCGCAGAGACGGCUCGCAUUAUUGCCCAGGAUAAACCCUCGGCAUGGCUCGACUCGCUACGCAACCCAGAUUUUCCUGCGUUCAACGCCGUUGCAGUAUCAGAUGGACCAUCAUCUACCUACAAAGACGCCCAGUCUGCGCUUCUCUCUCUCACCGGCGUGGGCCCAAAGGUUGCCGACUGUGUCUGCUUGAUGGGCCUAGGAUGGGGAGAAUCAGUGCCGGUGGACACACACGUCCUACAGAUUGCCCAGCGAGAUUAUCGCUUUGGCAAAAAGGGACCUAAAACUAUAAACAAGGCCAUGUACGACGCGAUUGGCGACCAUUUUCGAAACAUAUGGGGCAAAUAUGCGGGCUGGGCCCAUUCAGUCUUAUUCACAGCCGAUUUACGAGAGUUUUCAAGUCGCAUGAAAGAAGAAAAAGACAAAGGGCUAUUGAUUAAAGAAGAGGUUUCAGAAGCAGAAGCGAAACCCAAGGGAAAGAGGAAAGCAACCGUGGAAAUCGAGAAAAAAGUACAUGUGAAGGAGGAGGAUGAUACGAAGGAUACUGUAACCUUGAAAAUAGACACAACCGUUAAAAGGCGGCGCACAAGGGCUCGGCCAUGA